UGUAGUCAACUAAGCAUUCAUUAAUCUCGAGUCUCAAAUAUCUUUUCCAUCAAUUCCUUUCAAUUUUAUUAUUUUAAUUCCUAGUCAAAUGUGCCAUUUCUAUAUCUCCUGAAAGCUGAAGCAACCAGACUCUGAUUCACUCAUCUCAUAUGUAUCUCCAUUUCAGGCCUGAAAUGAAUCCUUCACCUUUCCCAUUCCCUCCUUUUCUUUCUCUUUCAGUUCUUGUGCUCUUCUUUUCUGUUUCAAUUCCUUUGUGUUCGAGCAACACUGAUUCGUACACUUCCUGCAGUACUACUCAGUUCGUCUGUGGAAAUAUCACGGCUGGUUUUCCUUUCUGGGGAAAUAACCGACCAGAAUUCUGUGGAAAUCCUGGUUUGGAGCUCAUGUGUGAGAAUGAUAACCCCACAAUAAAUAUCAAUGAUGUGGUGUACCGUGUUCUGGAAAUUGAUGAGAAUGGUCAAAGUCUCAGGAUUGCAAGACAGGAUUACACAGAUGGAAUCUGUCAACCUCAGUUAUUGAAUACCACGCUUGAUCCUCAACUUUUUGAGUAUGCUUCUGGUUACAGGAAUCUUACAAUUAUUUAUGGUUGCACAAUUCCUGCUCUUUUAGGAGUCCCAGCACUAUUCAAUUGCCUCAUAACUGGGACCGGGUUUCAAAAUGGUUAUGUCGUAUAUGAUGCUGUUGGGCCUGGAUUGUGUUAUCGCAGCAUCUUUGUGCCGGUUUCUGAAACGAUUUUGGCAUCAGCAAUGGUCAAUUUGUCGGGUUUGGAAGAAAGCUUAAAACAAGGAUUCCAGGUGAAAUGGAAGGUGGAUGAUACUGCAUGUACGAAUUGCAUCGGUUCCAAGGGAGUUUGUGGUUAUUAUCUCCUAUCUAAUGAAACAACUUGCUAUUGUCCCGGUCAAUUUAUAGCAACAAAAACAUGUCCUUCUUCACCGGACGUUGUUCCUGCUAAUCCAGGACUACAAAUGAAUUUGCUUGUUUUUGCCACGAUCAACCCACUGCAACUUCAUGUUCUUCCAGGCCAGGUACGUGUCUUCUUAUCUUGA